GGCGAGUUUAUGGCUGUGACGCGUAGUAUCGCAUUGUUGCGACACAAGGCUGCAACAAGCAACGAGUUGUGGAUGCAGCGAGCCGUCUUGGCAGACUGAGUCACAGACGAACCCUCCAGCGUUCGGACGUCGCACCUUUUUCAAUCAGAGAGGGGAAACGAUGACGACUAUGGAAUCGAUAUCCAAGGGAGAAGAGGAUAUUGGGUACAACAUCAACAAUGUAAAGAAGGCCAAAUUACAGUCAACACUUGCAGCUCUCCUCGACGAUCCAAUUCUUGCCGAUGUUCCCAAAAAACCAUCCUUAUCCGACGUCGAUACUCUCAUCAGCCUUGAAUUAGGCAGCGCCAUGCGAAUCUCCGUCCUCAAACUGGACGGCACCUCCUUUGAUGUGGCGCUGAUGAAUUCGGCGACUGUUAAGGAUUUGAAGCUUGCAAUUAAGAAGAAAAUUAUUGAAAUGGAGCAAUCCAAGAUGGGUCAUCGACAUAUUUCAUGGAAGCAUGUCUGGACCAAUUUUGCCCUUUCCUUCUGCAAUCAAAAGCUUCUUGAUGACAACUCUGCACUUCAAGAUUUUGGCAUACGCAACAAUUCUCAGGUGCAAUUUGUGCCCUAUGUCAUGUCAAAGGGUUCGGCAAGGCAUUCCAAGCGGAGGAAACACCGUUUCUUUCAUGGCCUCAACAAUCGUGCCUAAGGACUGGAUUCUUUUGCUUCACGAAAUGAUGCUGCAGCUGUGACGUUCUCACCUGAAUCUUCUUUUCUUAUGUUUGUGCCUUCGUUAGUUAAACAGCAGCAUCGUUGGACCUGAGAUGCUGAUGAUUAACUUGCUUGUCUAUGCAAUGCAAAAAUGUUUUGUAGGGUAUUUAAAGAUUAUCUUCAAAUCCAAAAUAUUUCAUUACUGAGUCAUUAUUA